AUGGAAGGGGACAACUGCGAGCACGGGCUUGCGAUUGACCCUGCUGUCGAUGUGGAGGAGGAACGGCUCGACAGCAGUCGCACGAUGCGUCGCAUAGUCGUCGCAGUGGACGGCAGCGACGGCAGCGACAUGGCCGUUCACUACGCGCUGCAGCGAAUCGCGGACCCGAUCACGGACCACCUCUUUCUCCUCCACGUCAAGACACCUCGCCACCUGCCAUCCGACUCCUUGGCUGCCGCCUCGCCGACUUGCCUGCCGUCGUCGCCUCGCGCCUCGUCAUUCUCUCGACGAGGCAACACCAAGGACCACACCGCCACCGCCACCGCCGCCGCCGCUGCCGCUUUACCCUUCAACGGUCGUUUUUCACGAAAGCGUCAACAUGAUUCCGUGCCGUUUUCCGCAUGGCCUUCCGCUUUUUCCGCGCCAUCCGAAUCGUAUCAUGCCGCCCGCGCGUCGUCCGCUUCCCUUGGCGCCUCCACCGACCGUGCCGCGGCUCUCCUCGCGUCGUGCUUUCUCGACCCUGCUGCCGCCGCCGCUCCCGCCGCGCCGGCUACUCCCACGCCGUGGCAGCUGCCUCGCUCUCCUAUUGGACGGCUCAGCGAGAGUGGUGCCGGCGGAGGCAAUGGCGCAGAGCCUCUGCGGCAUGUGCGGAGGCGGAGCGUGGACGGGUUGCGCAUGAGCGGAAGCUCCGUUUCCGCCGCACCGGAGUCGGCGGAAAUGCGCAAAGCGGCGGUGGCGGCGGCGCUGAUGCUGGAAAGCGCGUUUGAAUCGUCGGGAGGCGCAGCAGCGGCGUGUUUAGACGCCGCUGUUGCUGGUGGGGAUGAUCAGAAGGCGAAGGCAGCGUCUUUAGCUUUGUGGAGUCGCGCGGAUGGAGAUUUAGAAGGCAGCGGUAGCGCCAACAGGCCUGAUACGUCCCUCCCCGCUGUUCACUGCUUUCCUGGCGGUUUCGGCGCCGUGAAAAGCGGCGAGAAGCGCGCCGGCGUGACGAAUGCGGGCACGGGGAGCGACGACUGGGCGAGCAGGUUUCGCGGGGCGGACUCGUACGGUGCCGCGGGUGGCGCGUGGUGCGGCGGAAGCGGCGGAAGCGGAGGGUCGGUGAGGGCGCAUGGGCGUAGACUGGGACGACCGCUGAGGCAGCAGCAGCAACAACACAUGGACGUGAAGGUGGCGCGCUGGCUGGAGCGGUUUGCGAGGGAGGCGGAGCAGAUGGGCGUCGCAUGUGACACUGCCGUGGUCGAGGCCAUGGACCCCUGUGAGGUGGUGCUGUGUCGUGUGCAUGCAGUGCGGGCUCACCUCCUCAUUCUCUCCGGUCAUCUCGCUGACUCGGCUGGUGGCGCUGCUGCCUUUGCUUCCGACCCCCACACCACUCAUGCUCCUCCCGUCGCUGCUGCUGUUGCUAGCAGUGGUGUUUCUCUUGCUGGUUCAGGGGCAGGGGCCGGGGGAGUAGGGGGUUUGAGUGGUGUCAGAGCCAGGGGGGGUAUGGAGAGGAUUGGUGUGCGGGGUGGGUUGGGAGUGGGAGUGCGUGGGGGUGGAGGGGUUGAGAGCGGGUGUCCUGUUCUGGUGGUGAGGCCUGGGGGGAGAGGGAGGAUCAGGGAUCAUCGCAGUAGCUUGAUGGAGUUUUGA